UCCCUCUCUCUAUCCCACCCUGGCUGCAGCUGCCCCCUAUCCUCCCCCUCCUUCCAUCAGUCCUCGCUGGGAAGACUCAGGACAAGCUCUGGGCCAUGAAGACAGGCAUCCAGCUGCUAGCUCUUGUUGUGCCCCUACUACCCCUCCUAUGCCAGGCUCAGUACACCGAGGAGCAGAGGUCUUGUGAUGGGGCAUUUGAUCUGUACUUCAUCCUGGACAAGUCUGGCAGCGUCAAAAACCACUGGCAUGAGAUUUUCUCCUUUGUGGAAAGUCUUACAGAAAAAUUUACAAGUCCCAUGCUGAGGAUGUCAUUCAUUGUCUUCUCAUCUCGAGCGACAACAAUUAUGAAAUUAACAGAGAAAAGAGAAUUGAUUCGGCAAGGCUUGCAGAUUCUUCGAACUGAGGUGCCUGGAGGCGAUACAUUUAUGCAUGAAGGGUUUAAAAGGAUGAAGAAAGAAAUUCCUAAGUGA